GAAACACCGACAACUCAAAAAGCCACCCACUUACAGCGGCACCUCGGGACGUCUGCCAAGACUGCCCGUACACCUCUUCGGAUCGUAAAGAAUUCUCGCAUUCGUCCGAUUUGGCGUUGAGCCAACUCUUGGUGCUAGCAAGGCUAUCGUCCAAUCUCCAGGAAUAGGUAUUUUUGACAGCCUCUUGCCUCCUGCUGACGACGACCUUCUUCUCCGCGUCAACCUUGAUUAGGCAACUAUUCUGCAAACCUCGCAAUGGCUUCUACUUCCGAAUUGGAGCACGUCAAAGGUGUCUGGGAGCGAAUGAGAGGCAACUCUCCUAUUUACGACUUUCUCUUGUCCGAGGUUGAGAUAAUAUCUGCUGCGAAAGGGACCGUCACCGCUCAGCUCACGCUUGGAAAGAAUCAUGUCAAUUCUAGAGGCACGAUACAUGGAGCUGUCAGUGCGGCAUUAGUGGACUGGAGCGGUGGUCUAGCUAUAGCAACUCAUGGACUUGAGAAGACCGGUGCCUCGAUCGAUAUACAUGUUACAUACAUUGGGACUGCGCAGGUGGGAGAGACGAUUCACAUCGAGUCCAUUGCAAACAAGGUUGGGAGAUCAGUAGCAUUUACUACGAUCCAGAUAUCCAAACUGGUUGAUGGCAAGCCUGGUCCCAUGGUUGCUACUGCUUCGCACACGAAGUAUAUCUCUCAACCAGCUCCUAAGGAUGGAAAAGACUCGAAACCUUAGAUGAUAUAUACACGCAAUCUUCUUUGCGUCUGGCAUAUUGCUCACUCACUGUGAAUGCUGGACUCACUCGGAUAGCGAAGACCAAUUGUCCUCUGCUUCAAGCUUUAGAUACCUGCCCGUUCUUGACCAUGGAGGCGCUGGUAAUUGUGGCGGACUACAUAAAGAAUAGACAUAGACUAGACAUAGACCAAGACUUCAACGAAUCAAGAAGUCAGAAAUUG